UUUAAGUUCCGGAAAUUGACAGUUUCGAUACAUUUCACAAAAGUAAUAAUCUGUGCAAAAGUAUGAACAUAUUCAGGAUCAGGAGCACAGGAAAUUCCUGAAUUAAGAGAGCAUUCACUUAUAGAAAUUUUCUUCUUGUCCAUAAAUAUUUACAGUUUUACUGAAAAAAUACAAAUAAUAGUACCAUUUAACUGAAGCCUGCAGUUCAGUGAGAAGAUAUUUGUUUUGGUGAUCAAAAGACUUUAGGAGGACACAAAGUGAUGAAGAAAUUCCGAUAUUUAUGAGAUUAAUGCCACUAAUCUUGCUAAUAAUCGGAUUUAAGAAAUUUAGAAGUGUUUUAUUAUAUCAAAAGAAGAGUUGGCUGCUAGAGUUUGUCUGAAGAAUGAAAUUUAUUCAAUAUGAGUCAUACAAGUGAAUCAAAUCAUUCAAAUCCUUUAUCUUUACCGUUAAGGGUAGAAACUGAAGACCACCCUGACAAUACUAAUUAUUAUGAGGAAGAGAAAAAUAGUUUCAAUCAAGCUAAUGAAAGCAAUGAUAAUGAUUCAUUAGGACCCUUGCCUCCCAAGUGGGAAAAAGCCUUUACUGACAGCGGAGAAGUGUAUUUUAUAGAUCAUACAACUGGGACAUCACAUUGGCUAGAUCCGAGACUUUCAAAAUUUCAAAAAAAGACAUUAGAAGAUUGCAUGGAUGAUGAGCUUCCUUAUGGAUGGGAAAAAAUUAGUGAUCCCCAUUAUGGUACUUAUUUUAUUGAUCAUGUUAAUAGAAGAACCCAAUAUGAAAAUCCUGUUAUUCAAGCAAAGCGAGCCGCUUCCCAAGCAUCAGCUAGAGUUAGCAGAACAUCAUUUACUAAGGACCCUUCUGAAUUAUGUGGACAAAGAUUUAGAACUUCUCUAGUAAAGUCAUCAAGAGGUUUAGGAUUUACAAUUGUUGGAGGAGAUGAUGGAAUAGAUGAGUUCUUACAAAUUAAGUCUGUGGUUCCCAAAGGUCCUGCAUGGCUGGAUGGACAACUUCAAACAGGCGAUGUUAUAGUAUAUGUUAAUGAUACUUGUGUUCUGGGGUAUACUCAUAAUCAAAUAGUACGAUUGUUUCAGUCUAUUAGUGUAGGUUCGACAGUGCAACUUGAGGUGUGCAGAGGAUAUCCCUUGCCAUUUGAUCCAAACGAUCCCAACACUGAAGUUGUUACGACGAUAGCAGUGGAUGCCCACCUGCAACCUAUUUCUAAUGACAAAAGGUUAUUAGAUACUAAUUAUAAUUUUCUAGAUGGUGAUGACAGUGUUUCUAGGGGUGAAGAUAACAUUGACUCACCAGAUGAUAUUGAUGACUUAUUAAAAGGCAUAAACAGUUUAACAUUAGGAAAAGUGGAAGUGAGAGUGAGCAUAGUGAAAGGAAAUCUAGGUUUUGGUUUCACAAUUGCAGAUAGUGCCUGUGGACAAAGAGUAAAGAAAAUAUUAGACCGUCAGAGGUGUAAAAAUCUGAUGGAGGGCGACAUUCUUUUAGAGAUUAACGAUAUUUCCUUACAAAGUAUGUCACAUGAUGAUGUAGUGCAAGUGUUAAAGAACUGUCCAUAUAAUCGUGAAGCCACAAUUUGUGUGCAAAGAGGUUGUUCAAAUAAAACUCCCAAUCUAAGAAAUAAGUCUAGAAAAUUAGAUAAUAGAUAUACAGCUAAAGACAUUGGAAAUGCCUAUAGAAGCAAGACACCAACAGCUGACAUUUACAGUACUCAACCUAGAGAAGUGCUUCCAAGUAGACCAAAAACUCCAUUAGUAGAUACCAGAAGCCUGAGCAAAACUCCUGUUAAAGAUGUCAAUUCCAAUUCCAGUGAAAUCCUAAGAACAACAGAUUUUCAAAACGACAUUUUCACAGCAGACAGAUCGCGUUUACGACUAUCUCUCAUAGAUAAUCAAGAGGACGAUGAUUUAGACAUAGAUAUUUCAGAGAAUAACCAGACUAAGCAGUCAUAUGAAUACCCCCCUCCUGUUGAUCCAAAGUUUAGUUUGUAUGUUCCACAGCACAGGUACGACUGUGCCUGUGCUUUUUGUGCCAGCCCAAGGCCUAACACUUUAGACUCUAGCAAUUACGAUAAUCCCAACAAUAUGAAAAAAUUCAAUAAUGACUGGUGGUAUCAACAGAGCAGCAGAAAUGAUUAUAUUACUACACAUGUUAUCUUAAAUAGGCAGGAGACUGGUUUUGGAUUCAGGAUUGUUGGUGGUAUUGAAGAUAAAUCUCAGGUAGCUGUAGGUCAUAUUGUACCAGGUGGGGCCGCAGACUUAGAUGGUAGAAUGCAGUCAGGUGAUGAAAUAGUUAGCGUUGAAGGUUUUUCGGUGUUGAAGGCAUCCCAUAGACAAGUUGUUCAGCUAAUAAAUGCAGCAGCUGCAAGAGGUCAAGUCAGCUUGAUUUUGAGAAGGGUGUUUCCACCAGGACAUCAAGCAUCUAUAAGCUAUGGACCAGUGCCUUGGCCAAUAGAAAACAAUACUGCUCCACUCCCAUCCAAUCAUGCAGCUCCUUUGGUAGUGGCAAGUCCACACGCAAAUUCCACCUACGACGUCACUGUUCAGAGGUCAGAAAACGAGGGAUUUGGAUUUGUUAUUAUUUCUUCUCUGAAUAAAAUCGGCUCUAGUAUUGGACGUUUGAUUGAGGACAGCCCUGCAGAAAGAUGCGGCCGUCUUAGGGUAGGUGAUUAUAUAAUAGCAGUCAAUCACAUAGACAUUAUGAACUUGAGUCACGGCGACAUUGUUAAUCUCAUUAAAGAAUCAGGUCUAUCUGUAACAUUAACUAUUGCUCCUAAUCCCGACUUGUGAUUUUUGCGAUCAGAAAUUGUUAUGAUCCCCCAGUCUGGUUAUUUGUUUGAAAUGUUGAACCGCAAGUUUUAUAUCAUGUAUUUUUAAAUCUAAAAACUGUUGCUUAUUAAAAUAUCAUAAAUAUAAAUUAAUUUGGCCUAAGUUCGAAUUUUUAAAUUUUAUUGAUCUUAAAUAAAUAUUUUUGUUAUACUACAUUCUAAUGUAUAGAUAUCCAGACUCAUUAAUUACCAAAAAAUAAAUAUAAAUUUUAUCGAAGUUAUGAUGUUAUUCCAAGUAAUUCUAAGCCAAAUUAUUAGUUGAAAAUUAUUUGUGAUACUAGAGAUGUAUAAAAAACACAGGAGAAUAUGUAGGUAGGACACUCUGUAUUUUUGCUCGCCAUUUGAUUUUAAUAUACAAAAAUAUGUGAAGUUUAGUAAUGAAAAAGGCCUUAUAAUAUGUUUAAAUUGAUGUGACAAUAAUUUAGAAUAUGUAGAUGAUCUAGUAAUAAUUUUUGGCUGUUAUACAGGUUGUCUCAGAAAUAAGUGCAAGUAUUUUAAGGGGUGGUAGAUCUAGUUAAAAGAAACAUCUUUUUUAUUUUAUUUACCACUUUUAGAGACAAUUACUAAGCAAUUGUCUCUGUCAUUUUUAAAAUAAAUUAAAAAUAGGCGCGAUAUUAGACUUUGAAAAUUUUAAAAAUAACGCUGACGUUUUGACAACCUCUGGCUACAAUAUCUGCUUGUUGGACACCCUGUGUUGUCAUAUGACUAAAAACGUUCUUCAUUCCACCUAGAAUUAGUAGUAAUCUAAACUGAUAUAAAUAAAGUUAUUUUCCAUGUUUUUUUUUGUGUACAUUCAGAUUACUGUGAACUUAUAAAUAUGCAGAACAUGAGUAACGUAGGAGGUGGCAACAUUGAAUUUUCUGCAUUUACCGUAAACAAAAUUCCGCAGAAUGAACAGGCACUCAAAAAAAUUUCUGAGACACUCUCUAUAUACCGGUGAGCAAAAAUUCAGUGGCGAAAAUGGAUUUUUUCCACAAUUCUCUUUUUAAAAAGGCUAAAUUCCAUGUAUUUUCUUAUUUAAAAUUGAUGAAAAAAAAAGUAAAUAAUGUAUGCUUAUUUCUCACAAACAAAAAAUUAUUUCACAUGGAAUUUAGCUAUAAAAACAUUAGUGUUAUAUCAAUAAUUCUUUAUUUACUCGAAAUAUUUGACUGGUUCAAAUUUUAAUUGUUAUAAAGGAUAUUUCCAAAUAGUUUUUAAAGUUAGAUGCAUCUCUAUGUGAUAGAUCUUAAUAUCACUGCCUAUAAUUACGAAUGUACAUGUAAAGAACUGACGAAUUUAAAUUUACUCUGGAGCAUAUUAAGAAGUUGGUAUCCAUUUUAGCUCAGCAUGAGGAAAUUAAUUAAAUGUGUCAUUAACUGGUGCAGUUAAAAAUGGAUAUUACCUUUAAAUAUUAAAUAUUAAUAUUGUCUUUAUGUAGUAAAAUAGGUGUUAUAUAUAUCGACUUAUUCUAUAAAGUUUUCUCCUUAUAUUACUCCAAAAAUAAUAUUUAUAAAAUCUAUAGUUUAACUAAGUAGAAGGAACAUACGAAACUAAGCAGAUUUAUGUGGUUUAUGUUGACUGAAAUACCACUUUGUACUUAUAAGUAUUUAUUUAAUUUUUUUUAUGACUGAACAACAUAUAUUAAAGAGCGUUUUAGAUGUUUACGUUACCUAGUUUAUACAUACAUUUCAUAAUUUAUUUAUAUAAAAGCUUAAUAGCUAUUUAUUUUUGUAUUUUACUUUUUCUAAGUUUCGUUAUCUUUAUAUUCUUCAUUUUGCAAUAUACAAUAGGGUCAUAUAGAGCGCUUUUUUAGUUAGGAACUUUUAUCAACAUAAUCUUAUGUUAAAACUUUUUUUUCUCUCUCUCAUACUUGCCUUAUAACUGUAUUAUAUGGUAUAUUAUUUUAUUAGUAAUUUAGAAAUGUUAUAUAUUUUACAAGAAUAUAUACCCGAGGUGUUAAUAUAAUAAUGUCUUAUCUUGUUAUUCAUGUAUUUCUUUUUUGUUAAUGUACACUUAGCGUGCAAUUCUGGUAAAAUCGAUGAAGCUUUAUUAAGAAUUGUAAGUGUACAGAUAUAAACAGAUUGAAAUUUAAUUCAAAAUUUUAUAUGAUUAACAUUCCGGCCAGCACGUAUGUUAUAUUAGACUGAUUACUGUAAUAUUUGUACAUAAUGUGUUUUGCAUUUUAUA